AUGGCCGCCAUGUCGCAAAAGUGGCUAGUGCUCGCCCUUUCCAGCGGAACCUUUGCUGCUCUAAAUGGGGUCUUCGCAAAGUUAGAACUAGGAAUGUCAGAUAUCCUCUCACCUGAAGUUUUCAAUGCCGCUAACGCUGUGACAAGGACAACUACCCAGCUCACAACCGACAUAUCACAGGGAAUAUCACGCUUUCUGUCGUUCUCAGCAUCAAUGGAUAUUGCUGUAGAGUAUAUUGUCCGAGCUUUCUUCUUCGCCCUGAAUGUUCUUUCAAAUAUAACAAUGUGGGCUCUCUUCACUCGCGCCUUGACUGCCGCCAGCUCCUCAACACAGGUCACCAUCACAAAUACCACAGCUAACUUCCUCGUCACCGCCAUUCUGGGUAUGGUAGUUUUCCGGGAACGAGUGGCGCCGUUGUGGUGGCUUGGUGCAACCAUCAUGGCGACGGGAUGUAUCAUUGUCGGACUGAGGGAUGAAAAGGGAACGCCAAAAGAUGGCAAUGCGGUUGAGGACGAAUUGGGAGGACGUAGGGGUGGCAGUUCGGAUGAUUUGAUCGAGUUCCAAGACGAGGACUCCUCGCGACGAGAGUGA